CUUACCAGCGCUGCGAGGUGCAUAGAGAUAUGCGGUUCCACAAGGGCAAAUUCGACGAGUUCUGACGGCUGCCCAUGCGUACUGUUUCGGCCCGAAUAAGCCCUAUUAUGCUGCCAAUCUAUUAGCACAGACAUCAAUCGUUCUAUUUUUAUGUCACGGUAUGCCACAAUGACAGAAGCAAAACCCUGCUGCCAAACUUCGCUAUAAACUCCUUUUCCGAAUCCUUUCGCGUUUACGCCCCACCCUGCUACACGACAGACCUUGCUCCCUGAACCUGUUAGCGCGUCAACUGAAAGGAGCAAAAGAAGCAGCUCGAGGACUGGCACGGAGGCUCAUUGCGCAGCCGCCGUCAUCUAUCGCUCGGGCUGAGUGACUCCAUGUCCCACACACACGCUCACGGGGACCUCAGCGGUGCAGCGCACACCCCCGAGUUCUCCGCCUGUGACCACAGCCUGACUCACAUCACCCUGGGCACGGGUCCCAACGUGCAGCAGUGCCCGCCGCCGCACCACUCGCUACAGGAGGCUCAACAUCAAUAUCAUCAGCAGUACCAACAACAACAACAACAACAACAGCAGCAGCAGCAGCAGCAUUACCAGCAACAGUACUACCAGCAGCAACAGCAGCAGCAACAGCAGCAACAGCAGCAGCAGCACAGCUACCAGGCGCGGCAGCAGGCGGUAGUGGAGGACAGCGGUACCGCAACGGGCACUGUCAUCACCACCGUGACCACAGGCGGCAUCCGCGUGCAGCAGCAGCAACAGGGGCCUGACGGCUACGAGGUGUACGACAACACCAUGAUGCUGAAGGAGCAGGGCGACCUGAACCGGGACCUGGAUGACCUGGACGGCAUGGGCCCGGGCGGCGACUUUGAUGAUGACGGAAACAACAGUCAGGGCAGCGGAAAGCGCUCGCGAACAAGGCGCCCACACCUGCAGGGUCGCUUCAGCGGCCGCCUGACCACCAAGGAGGACGAGCGGCGCCUGGCGGAGGAGUGCAAGCUGCUCGGGCCGCUGCUGGGUGGCGUGGGCAAGCGCGGCGACAAGAGCCGCCUCACGCUGGCCAAGAUCGUGCGCGGCAUCGCCACCGGCGAAGUGCGCCGCUUCUGUGAGGAGCGCGAGCGCGGCAUUGGGUUGCUCAAGUCCAAGCUGGCGGCCAUCGACCCCGAGGCCGCCGCGUCCGUGCCAAUCAACCCCAUCCCGCUGCCAAGCGCGCAGCUGGGCGGCAUGGGCAUGGGCGGCAUGGGUAUGGGCGGCAUGAGCAUGGGCAGCAUGGGUGCGCCCAGCAGCAGCAUGAUGGGCGGCAGCAUGGGGCCCGGGCACAGCCAGCACGACUCGCUUGUGCGCGAGAACCACGACCUGCAGAGCGAGAUCUACCACCUGCGCUCGGAGCUGCAGGCGCGCGAGCGGCUGCUGCUGGAGCUGCAGGACACGGGCAUCAUCAGUGGCUUCGUCCCCACCUCCAUCCCUCUGGACGACGCCCAGCGCGGGGGUGUAGUGGCUGCGGGCGGCAUGGGCCCCGGCGGCAACGCUCGCUCUCUCAGCACCGAGAUGGGCGCUCCGGGCGCCGGCGGCAGCGCGUACGGUGGCAUGGGGGCGCGCUACGGCGGCAGUGGCUACGGCGGCCAGAUGAACUUACCGCAGCAAAACAGCGCGCACCUGAGUUCGGGUAUGGACGCCGGCGGCGCGGGCGGCGGCGUGGGCGGCUCCGCCUCCAUGGCGCCCGGCCCCAUUGCCGCCGCGUCGGUGCCUGUGGGCGGCAGCGGCCUGGGCCCAGACGGCGCCUCGUUGGCGGCCAUGCCCGCCAUGAGUGAGCACUCGCGCGCCUCACGCCCACACAAGCGCCCCGCGCCCGCGCCGCCCGGCACGGGUGUGGACAUGGGCCCAGGCGGCAGCGGCACAGCGGCGCUGUACGGUGGCGGCGGUGGCGGCGGCGCGGGCGACCUGGUGCCGCGCUCCAUGUCGCACCCGAUCAUGGGCGCGCGCGGCGCGGCGGCGGCUGGCGCCGGUGCGGCUGGCACCGGUGGCUUUCCGCACAUUGACCUGCAGCAGCAGCUGAACAGCUUGCAGGCUCAAGUGGAGCACCUGCAGAACCUGUCGCAGGCGCAAGGCGGCAGCAGGGGCACCAACUUCAUCAUGCCAGCCCGCGAGCGCGCCGGCGCGCCGGUGGGCCGCGCGCCAGGCGGUGGCGACCCAUACGGCCGCCCGCCCUAUGGCGGCGCCGGUGGCGGAAAUGGCAAUGGCUCCUCGCCCUUCGUGACCGGGCCGCAGGGUGGCCUGCUCAUGAUGCCGGGCAUUCCAGGCGGCGCUGCUGGCGGCGGCGACGGCGGCGGCUACAACCCGGGCAUGUCGGGUCUGCACUUGCAGGCGAAGCCGGUGGGGCCGCCCCUGUACGACAGCGCCACACUGGAGAUGCUGCUUAAGUCGGAGGCCAGGGCCGCCAGCGGCGCUGGGCCGCAGUAGCCCAGUCCGGACUCAGGAGCAGCGGCGCGUGUCUCGGCGGUGCGGCCACCCCUGCAGGGGCGGGAGGCUUAGGCAUACAUAUGCUUAUUUUGGCAACCGGAGGGACACGAAUGUUUUCCUGAUGCUGCCGCUUCGGAUGGGAAGCUUGAAUGUGAGCACGUGCUGACCUGGUAAUCACCAGGUGACUGGGCAUGCGAACGUGUGUGUGGGGGGCGGAAGGGGGGGGGUUGGCUGGGGCUGUCUGUCUGGUGGGCGUGGGAGCACAGCCGCUGGGAGCACAGCCAAGAGGCAGCGUUGACUGGGGGUGCAUUUGCCUACUAGCUACACCAAGCGUGCACCGUAUACAUACUCGACGGUGGGGACCCAGUGGACCUCCGCUGUGCAAGACCUGCUACAGCCGCAACUAAUCUCGCACUCUUGAGGGGCACACAUGUGGAGGAGGUUCUGCGGUGGCGGCAACGGCAGCGGAGGAGGAGGUGGAGGUGAAGGAGGAGGAGGUGGUGGAAGAGGAGGAGGAGGAGGAGGUGGUGGUGAAGGAGGUGAAGGUGGAGGUGGUGGACCUGUGUGAUAGUGACUAGAGGCCGGCGCCGUGUGUGUGCGAUGUGAUUCUACUUAGUAGGCCAAGGACAAUCUUGUCAAUGGGGCGUGCAGCCAGCCCUGGGGGCGGCAUGGGGAGGAGCAUGGGAAAGAGCGGGUUGCUGGCAUUGUGCGUAGCAUGUGUGGUGUGUCUCAUGUUCUCAUGACCCCUGGAGGGUAUGUGCUUAAGCCGGGCCUAGUAGCAUUCUGUAGCACAGAGCCGAAGGCGAAUAAGGAACAUUAUUACGGAUGCCCGCACACGGGCGGGUCAGUUGAAUCCGGGAGUUGGGCCAUUCUGUCUCCGUGGAGUCGUAACGGGUUGGUCGGCAUGUCGGCUUGGUAGUAUCACCUCGUGUUGGAUGGCACAUUUCUUGCAUAGCAGGGGCAACUUUUAACCCAAUAAAUCGCUGUAGACAAAGCUCUGGAGCCGAAUCCAGAUGUGGGACGCCAUGUGGUGGUACGUAGGGAUGUGGUACCGGCUGCGGCUGUGGGUUACAGCCUUGUAGGCCCCUGGAAAUGGAGACACGGCAGCCAAGCUAUGCGCUAGGAGUGGUGAGGCCAAGGACGCAAGGUGAUGCGCAUACGCCCCAAUGCGUACUGGCACCGGCCUCCAGCUUGCACAAUUGUAACUGCAUAUGACC